CAGUUGUGUUUCGAUGCUCAAAGCGGGCAGAUACAAGUUUGGAUGCUUAGCAAUCAAAACGCACUCCAACAUUUUUGUUAAUUGUAAUAAAUUGGUAUAUAUGUAUGUAUGUACAUACACUUGUGUGAGUAUGUCGCCGGUUUUUAACCAAAUGAGAACUGCAAAUAUGUUGCGAAAUGACUCAAACAAGUAUAAAAUGGUGUGCGAAAUGUGAACAUAUGUAUAUACAUACAGAGUAUAUAUCAGAGUACAUAUACAUACAUAUAUGGUCAUGGAGAUGCUAUGCUGUGGUGAACGUACGCAUUCAUAAGUUUGGCCAUAGAAGUAUAUUUGCGUAUGCCUAUAAGCAAUUUAAAGAUGCAAAUAGAAUUGUUUCGUUCUCAGGAGUCUCCGCCUGUUUCUGUCGUAUCAAAAGCCACAACCACCAACAUUGACGUGGUCGAAGUCAUUGCUUAGCUAGGCACUACAUAAGCCACUGGUGGGUUGACUGGUUGUCUCUCUCACCCUUACAAACUGUCAAUUGGAAACCGAACUGACGCAAGUAUAGUUACUUUGGUUGUAUAUUGUACAUUGAUGUCAUUUUAUAAUUAAAACAAACAAAAAGAUCAACAAUUUGAAAUGCUAUAAUAUAAGUAUCAAGAUCAACAAGAUGGCAACAUUACCUGAAGAAUCGUGUCGAGCAGGUGAUCCUCUUGACACAUUAGAGCUGAAACCAACAAUGGCACAGGUACAGGCACAACCAUCUGUCAUGCCCUUCGAUGCAGAGUCCAAGCACGCAGAUCUAAAUUUAUUGGAUACGUCAUCGCCGCACGGGGAACAUCUCCAAAACGAUCAACGACAGCAGUCUCAGGAACCCAUCUAUAUAGACGACAUACCUGAGCCUAUUAAAGUACUUGACGAUAUUAUAUCGGAGUUCGAUGAGGCAACGACAAAACCGGUUACCUUGCAUAGCAAUAGUGGGGAGAAUCAGUCAGAGGACGACGGUUAUAUGAGUCUCAGUCGAAAAAACAUGUCAAAAAAGGAUUCAGAGGAUGUGCCACAAACUCCAAGUACAGAUACAGUGCCCGAAGGCAGUUUCAACGAAGUUGACAGCACAAUUGAAAUUAUAAGCAAAUUAUCAGAGUCAUCGAAAACUCGGGAAUCCACGCCUAGACUUAUACAAACAACGCUGCCCAAGGUGCGUAGUUCUAACUCAACGCCAGCAACCAACUCCAAGUACUCAAGUCUGCCCUGCUGCAAUGUUAAAACAUCAAAUUUUAACAUCAGUUUGUCAAAAAACUCUUCAAGAUUAUUAGCCUCAGUUCAGGUAGGCGGCUGUAAUGCGGAGAGGAAUGCUCUCGGCAUUGACAUCAGUGCCGUACAUAACGCUGUGCUACGAGGCAACCUAGCUAAAUUGCCGGAGCCGAUUUUAAACGAGCAUCCGGUGACUAUUUACCCAGGGCCAUCUGCGAAAGUCAGUGGUGAAAGCGCACGUGGCCAUAGGCUACUAAACUCUGUUGAGAGACACAAAGUUUGUCAUAUACCAAACCCACAUUCUACAUCAACUUCCGGGUCUCAGCACACUUCAAGUGGAGAGGCCUCUCCAGCUUCAUCGAAUAAUAAUAUGGCUACUCCAAAAUAUGAACAAGUCCAGGACAACUAUUCUGAAGACUCACUGGAGGAGUCCACAAUUUCUACAGAAAUAAUACCGGCCAAACAAAAUGGCGUCGCUUGGGAAAUUCAAUUUAAAAGCAAUAAGAAAAGUACAUCGAAAAAGUUGGGCCAUAAGGAGAACCUCCAACCCGAUUUUAAAAAUUUGUUCAACCCCAAUGAGAGUAUGUUAGGAAAGGGUACCUUUGUCAUUCGACGAUCUAUUGCCAAAAAGUCCUCUCAUUCCGCUGAUAUUUUUAUUAUGCCAAAGCCAUCUCAGAGCGCAGGAGCAAUCAGUAACGAAUUUUACAAUAGUGACAGCGAGCUAAGCGAAUCUGCUUUAUUGCCACCGGUGCAAACACCUUGCGAUACAAACUUCAUGUAUAAAGAGUGCAAUACAACUACGUCACAGAAUCGACGUUGUACAGAAAUUCCCGCAACACACCGGGCUGCACUAUCCUUGGAUAUUGCCGAGGCUACAGAGCAUUUGAGCAACAAGCCCAUGAAGAGUAAAACGGCAAUGCUCACCGAAAAAAGGCUCAGCGCCGAGUCAAUGCCGGACCACACCUCAAGUAGUGGAGAGUUCGAUGAGGAACGUCUUAGUGGCUUUGAUUUAUUCACGUACAAUGUCGACGAUCAACGUAUCUCGAACGCGACAACUCCUCACACAGACCUUGCGCCUACUUUAGAGGAAGACGAAGAGCUAUCAGACUUUAGCUAUGGUUGCGCUCCACUAAAGCAGAUCGAGCAAAACAUAAGCGCUCUCCUGCGCGGCGAUUUACCAAUAAUAAGUCAGAGUGGACCUAUAAGUGGAACAGCUGCACAGUCGGAUGCCAAACGACUACUAGAAUUUCGCCCAGGGGUCCAUAAAUCAGAGAGCGGUAAAGAGAUGCUAUUGUCACAAAGUAUAGGUCUUGGGCCUCUGCCACCAUCGCCACCCAGCUCAAAUCCUGAUAUAUUCGAUUACGAUGCGCCACUUCCACCCUCACCAGUAGAGCCUUCGAAAACAACAGAUCUAACGAGAUCUGCGUGUGUACUAACGACGACUUCGGCAGCAACGGGCAUACGUGGAACCACAGUUGCCGAGGUGCAUGCCACAGCUUGCGGAGCAACGGUGCAUAGCAAUAGCCAAAAGAGACGCAGUCAUGAAAAUGUCACCGCAGUGCGUCAUUUCAACGAUGAGCUGCCACCACCACCGGCACCGUCUCAUCAAUCCACUGGCUUCCCUGAGGGAUUACCCGGACUAUCAGGACUUUCGAUAGCGCCAGCGGUGCCACCACAUCGAGCCGGCCAAUGUUCGGCCAAUAUGCUAAAAUCGCGAAGCAUUGACUCACAGUACCGCAAAAGAUCACCAAAGACAUUUAGCUAUAGCAGCGGCAGCGGUAUUACCACACCAACGGGUUUAGGUCACCUGCCACCGUCACUUUCUCAGCCACCCAUGUGUACAGCAGGUUCGUGCGAGGGUGGGUCUGUCCCUGGUACGGGCUCUUACCAACGGAGGUAUAUUAACUAUAGUACCAAACGCAGCUUAAAACAGUCGCCUCGCGAGGAACAUCGUUUGCAAACAUCAUGCAGUCUUCCUGAAACGCCAAUAUUUUCCAGAGGCUGUGACAUUCCACGCACUCCCUAUCGACGACAAAAUGAUCCUGCUCCUGCUAGUAGGUCCCGUACGGCGCCAAGGUCAAGCACAUCGAAUAGCAUUAGUAUGGGCAAUUCCAUUAUGGGAAUAGUAGGUGAGUCGUAUGGUACAUCCCAAAUAUGUCGACAACGUUCAAUGAACCACGCUUUAGCCUCCAAUGAAAUGCUCCGUAUGACUGGAGCUCCUGCGAGAGGCUGGUACCCCAAACAGCGUAGCAUGCGACCUGCCUCUACUGAAAAUAUUGAUCGCUUGGCCUCAGUUCGUGUCUGGGAUAAUCCGAUAGGCAUGUCCGGCACUGGACAAUCUCGUAAGCCUCUUACUCUGCCACCAAAUCUAACACCAUCCUUUUUAAAUAAAUCGCCUCGUGAAGCACUGCGACGUGUCACUAGUUUGCUGAUCACAAAAAAGAAGCACAACAAGGAUCGGAAACACAAGGCCUAUAGCGAACAAGCAAUGGAUGAGAGCAAUAGCAAGCAUGCGUACGAAUUUGAAUCUGGUGAGAUUAUAUUUUCAACGCGAAUAGACACCAAAAAUCGUAAGGACACCGCAUCCGCAGUCGUCAAUGUCGGCACCACACCCAAAGCAAAAAAAAAGGGUUUGUUCAAAUCGCUUUGGAAGCGUGCGAAAACCGCCUCACUGGACCAAUAAUGCGAGAGAGAAAUAGACCGACCUUAAACUGUUAUUUAUAAUACCAAUUAUUGCUCGUUGGUUAUGAUUUUUUGAAUGCAUUUGUAUAUUAUGGGUAAUGAAUGUAUGUAUAUCUUUUUCGAAGGAUAUUAGAUAGACUCGAUUAUUUAUCGCAGAUUAUCUAAUCAGCUCUUCAUCGACUUUUUUACACGUUUGACUUAUUCUUACACUCGUUGGCCUCUUUAAGAUAACCAAAUCUUCAGAAUGAAUAACAAUUAUAUAUAUGUAUAUUGGUCAUUUUAUGAGUAAAACUGAAUAUUUCAAAUGUACAAUGCCGUGAAUCGUAAAGACUGAAAUAAAGGAAAAAAAUGUGAAAACGACAAGAGUCCACUAAUUCCCACAUCAUACUAAAUAACAUUAGUAAUAAAUAAAAAUAUAUGCAUUUGAAACGAAAAUAAUCACAGCAAAAUACAAUAAUAACAUAAUGAGCUGAAUGAAAAAUAUUACUACACAAUACUGAAUUUAUAUAUAUAUAUGUAUAUAAACUCUAAAGUCUGUCUUCAAGAGUGUAACUGAACCGUUUAGUGUUUCAUGUACCGUUUAUCAUUUUACACCAGUCACUCGAAAUUCAUGUAAUAAGCUGCAUAAAUCAUAGUGUCCAAAAACAAUAAUAGCCGAGACCAUAUAUACUAAUUUUCUCCACAAGACCUAAACCGACGAAGGUGAGUUUUAUAGUUUUACGAUAAUUAUAAGAAAUCAGUCUAAAAUAAUACAAUGAAUAGCUUAGUUGCUUUGUGAUCAACUUAAAAUUUUUGUUUUUUUUUUUCGUUCAAUAUCAUAAAUUCAAAAUCCAGCAAAAUUAAAGUUUGGCUGUAAAUACAAUGUCACCCUUCGGAAAAUGAUUUCAAGGCAUCACUUUAUUACGAAGCCAAACGACGGUAAUUUCGUAACUUCAAAAAUUAAAAUACACAAACGCCCUCCACAUUUCAAUAAAUGUUUAAAAGAAAAAUUAAUAUAAAUGCUUACAUACACAAUUAAGAACUUAAGAUAUUGGGAAAACUGAACUAUCUCCAGCAGUAAGUAGUCCUGGCAAAAGUGAACUCAAAUCCAAGAGAGGAUAAUAAUAAUAUGUUCACUAUAUGGAAUAAAAUGAUACAUAUACAUAUGUGAUGGGAAUCAAGAAGCAGUAUAAAAAAAUGAAUUGAUUAUUAAUUAAAUUAAUUAAUGAUCCGAUUCAAAGUAGUAAUCAAAUAGUGGAUGCUGUUUUGUUAAUAAAAGCGGAAGUCUGUUUUCAGGUUGUCCUCGCGAAUUGGACUGUAUUUUUCAUUGUAUCAAUCAGAAGUACUGAAGAUAUAUUUCCCAUUUCAAAAAUCAUUUGCCGCCUUUAUGUUUGGCGUAGAGACACUGGUGUCAUAGCGUUUACGUUACGAAAAUUCGUCGUAGUGUUUUGGUAGACAACCUUAUGAAUCAAAUAAAAAUUUUUGGAUAUUUCAAAAGAUAGUAAGUUCUAUUUGAAAUAUAUAUGUAUAUAUUUCUAUUUAUUACCAUAGAAUAUAAAACAUUUAGGGUCUAUUAAAGUAAGUAGCAUAAUUUCAGCUUUUUUGUUUACAAAAAUG